AUCUUUAUCAAACUCGUGCCACGCCGUUCUCAAGCUCGCCACUACUCACCUCUUAUCCAAAUCAAACAACAUCCAACCACAACAACAAUGGCCGUCAAGAAGACCACUACCGUCGCUGCUUCUAAGAAGCCUGCCGCUCACCCCACUUUCCUCUCCAUGAUCCAGGAGUGCAUCACCAACAACAAGGAAGAUGUCCGAAAGGGUGUCUCCAGGCCUGCCAUCAAGAAGUAUCUUGCCGAAACUUUCAAGCUCGACAUGAGCUCUGCGGCAAACAUCAACAACCUCAACAGCGCGAUCAAGCGAGGAGCUGAGAAGGGCGAGCUUAUCCUCCCUUCCGGUACUGCUGGAAAGGUCAAGAACGCUCCCAAGCAGAAGAAGGCUUCCGACGACAAGGAGAAUGUCGCCCCUACCACCAAGAAGGCUGCUCCCGCUAAGAAGGCUACCACUGCCACCAAGAGUGCCUCCAAGCCCGCUGUCAAGGCCGCCGCUCCCGCUGGCAAGAAGCCCGCUGCGAAGAAGGCGUCCACUGCCACCAAGGCCGCUCCUAAGGCCGCCCCCAAGGCUGCUUCUACUACCAAGGCCGCCCCUAAGAAGACUGUGGCGAAGAAGGCUGAGAAGCCUGCUGCCAAGAAGACUUCUGCGCCCAAGAAAGCCCCUGCUGCCAAGACCGCUGCUGGAGCCAAGAAGACCUCUGCGCCCAAGAAGGCCCCAGCUGCCAAGGCUGCCGCUGCCCCUAAGAAGGCCAAGAAGGUCGCCACUAAGGCUUAGGACUGCUGCUCGUCUCCCUUUCCCUCGAAGUGUUUGGGUAUAAUUGGCUUUUUAUUGUACACUACAUGUUUCGAUUGUCUAUAGUACGCCUCUGAGCGGAAAACUUCGUUUUAGUCUUUCUUUCAUUCAACAACGCGAGGUAUGUGUAUGUACUGUACUCUCUC